CGAACCAAAACUCUCAAUCACAGCAAGCAAGAAGCAAGCAAGCAAAUGUCAUUACCUCAAGAAAAUGGUGUAAUGUUGUUGCUCGAUUAAUUUAAUAAUUAUCGGUGAUGGAGCCUAACAAUACAGACGCCGACAUCGGCGAUACAUGUAAUUUAAAUGGUGACUGUUCCUCACCAGCGAAAAAGCAAGUCUUCGACCCGAAUCAUACCAAAAAUAUUGACGACAUAUCUUCGCCUUCUGAAUUGAAAUUCGAUCUAGAGAAAGAAAUCGAAGACCCCGAGAUAACUGCGAAGCGCAAGGAGAUAGAGGCUUGCAUCGCUGACCCAGACUCUGUGGAUUAUCAGCAAUGGAAGAGUUUUGCAGUGAGCACAGGAGGACUUAUUUGUGAUGAGUACAGGAAAGUUAUAUGGCCGUUAUUGGUAGGAGUGACCAAGGAGGAAAUGACUGAUCCACCAUCCCUAGAUGAACUGUCUACACAUCAAGAGUAUAGCCAGGUUGUUUUGGAUGUAAACCGUUCCCUCAAGAGGUUUCCGCCCGGCAUUCCGUACGAGCAAAGAGUGGCGCUCCAGGACCAGCUCACAGUUCUCAUAUUGAGAGUCAUCAUUGAGUAUCCACAUUUGAAGUAUUAUCAGGGUUAUCACGACGUGGCCAUCACGCUGCUGUUGGUAUGCGGCGACCGCGCCUCCUUCCCGCUGCUGUGCCGGCUGUCGUGCGGCGCGGGCGCACCGCUGGCGCCGUUCAUGCAGCUCACCAUGCAGCCGACGCAGCACCUGCUCAAUUACAUGCUGCCCGUCAUAGCUAGGGCGGAGAAGAAACUGGCGGACUGUUUGGAGAAAGCGGGCGUCGGCACGAUGUUCGCCCUCCCCUGGUACCUCACGUGGUUCGGUCACAGCCUCAACAGAUACUCGGACGUGGUGAGACUGUACGACUACUUCCUGUGCGCGCCGCCGUUGUUCCCCGUGUACGUGACGGCGGCGAUAGUGCUGCACAGGGCUGAGGAGGUGUACGUGUGCGAUUGUGAUAUGGCGAUGAUGCACUGUCUCCUGUCCAGGUUACCCGAUGACUUGCCAUUCGAAGACAUCUUGGUGACUGCUAAAAAGUUGUACGACAAAAACGACCCGAGUGAACUCGAGAUGGAAGUUUACGAGCUGGAGAGGAGAGAAGAGGAGCAACGCCGCCAAGAGGAAGAGGAGCGCCUGCGUCGUCGGCAGCUGGCGGCGCGGAACGCCCGGGCGGCGGCGUCGCCGCCACCGUGCUGCUCGGCGUGUACGUGUACUACCGCCCCGACGUGUUCGCCAGUUGAGACAUGGUGCUUGGGUGAGUGUAGACCGAACACGCGGGUCUGCGGGGGACAAACUGAUGCUGGAAAGGAGGCCUUACGCCGUUGUAUUAAGGAGCGAUUUCGCGUGGACACCUCAAUUGUACUGAACGUUCUAGAUUUAAGUUCGCAGUACGCGCCAAAUAUGUUUGUCAAAAUAAACUUUCUAAAGUGGCAUUAGAAUGACAGCUGUCAAAUUUAAAUCGAUGAAUGAUGAUGAUGUUUCAUUCAAUGAACUUUUUUGUUUAGUCUAUUAAUAAUAUUUUUUUUUGAGAACCGGUUUACUGCCAUUAUAAAUGACAAAAAAAAACAAGAAAUUUCUCAUGCUCACAAAUUAUGCAAACAAAUUUGGCGCGUACUGUGGUAUAUUGUGUAGUACAUAAGGCUCGCAUGAAGAAGUACAAAUAUUUUAAGGGUGAUUUCGGUCACGUUUAGUUUUCAACAAAACUUUUCUUAAUUAAAUAGUGAAAAUAGCAAAAGAAAACACCAUUUCACUCUUAAAGAUUUUCUUAUUUUUUUUUCAAAAUCAAAAAGUUAUUCAGGAUUUUUUACUGUAGUUACCCUUUAAUAUUUGUACUAGAAGUUUAUGGACGUUAUAAUAAAUUUUAAGAUAAACGCAGUCAAAUGCCUUAAUAGUUAAACAAUGUUAAUGGGUUUCUUUGAAUGCAAAUAUAGUAUGCACGAAUGUUCUAUUUCCAAGUCCAUAUAAAAAUUAUAUAUUUUUUUCUCAUAAAUUUCGAAACAUAAUUUCGAUAAUAAACAUUAUUCAGCUUUUCAUUCGGGUAAUUCCUAUUGUUUCUCGUGUCAAAUAAGACAUUACUAUUUGACAGUUCGCCAACCGAUCAGGAGGUAUACUCACGAACGUUGGUAGGCAUAUCUAUCUUCUCUGUCUUGAGGUAAUUAGAAGUAUUUAAAAGAAAGAGAAGUCAUAUGCCUUGUCAACGUUCGUAUAUAAGGACUUAAUGAUACUUAAAUAUGAUUGAGAAACCUCCAAGAUAUGAGAACCAAUGAGAAAUUAUGCAAUUUUCUUUAAUAAUAAACGUCAAUGUAGGUUAAUGUGGACUCUCUCAAGGUUCUGAACACCCAAAAUAGGAAUUGAGAUGUGUUAAUUAAGUAUAUGUCAUGUGAAAUGCGUUGAAUUAAUACAGUGUUAUUAGUUACUUGAGAAGGUAGCUGAAGAGAACCGCACUUUGUUACAUUUAGAUCUCGGAUUGUAUAUAUUGUGAUCGUUACCUAUAUGUUCUUACGAACUAGUUAUAUAAGGCCUUUUUGUAAAUACAUUUCAUAUUAAAAACAUCUGUAGAUUCGUUCUUCCAACACUAACGUUUUCGUUGAUCAUUGUUUUGCUUCCACGCGUUUACAAACAUCACACAUAAUUAAACAGCUAUCAAAUAAAUAAACAUAUUAAUUAGAGCUUUUGAAGACACUUUAGACUUAAAAUUUGAUUCAAAAAGUUGGAAGAACGGAUCUAGAAGGCAGCGACACUCACAGGGUGACAUGUAAGCACGUACACCAAAAUGCCUCGAACAUUUAUUUUUAAUAAAGGCAAAAUCUCACUGUCAUGACUGCUAUUAUUUAAUACGCGCUUAUUUUGCACUGGUGCACGGUGAAAUUGAUAUUAUUAUAAUGAAAAUAAAGUCGAUGUCCUUAAACAGGAAGGUGGAAGCGGCUCGACCACGAAUUAAAAUAUGGGUGGAGCUGGAUUCUCUCACUUACAUACAACGUUUGGGUUGCCGGCCAUUAUGAAAAAAAUUUUAGGAAAAAAAAUGUAAAUUUUUUAUUAAAUUUGUUUGUAAAAUAUCGCAAAUAAAAUAUUAUUGUAAUUCUUAAAAAUAAAAAUUCAAGGCAUUUUUUGAAUAUGUUAAAUCAAAGUAUGGAAUUUUAACGGUCAUUUUGCUUAGAAAAAGAAUGUAUUGUAUCAUGUGUUUCACUUUGUUCCCCUCGUUGUACAGUGCACACGUAGUCUGUCUUUAUAAAACUUUGAAAACAUUUGUUAGGAAAAAGUAACUUUAUACUAUGGAAUUUUUCGGAGGACAAAAUGAAUUGGUUUAUAUGGUUAGGGUGUCUAAGUAGUCCCCGUGCUUAAGAACUAUGAAGUGUAAUUCACAUAGAUGCCUUUCUCGUGAGUCUUUGGUAUCGUGAACAAUAUGUGGCCUCUUUUAUUUGUAUAUUGCGUUCUGAUUAAUCUCAUGUGAUAUUAUUUUGUUACUAUUAUGUAGAUAGGUUAAUGUGUUAAUUCAUUCCUCAUCAGAUUAAUGUAAUGUACUAAGGCAGUAGUAAGAAAAUUAAUUUAUUAUGCACUUACAUUUAAGUUAAUUGGUUCACAAAUUAUUUAAACAAACCAAUGUAUAUGUCUAAAAUUUUAAGUGCAAAUGUAUACAAUAUUCGGCAUUUAUUAAUGUUAAAGUUUUUAAAUUACAUAAACGUUACAUUAUCAAAUUCCUAUAUUAUUCCAUUAUUAGUUGAUUACCACACACAAUAGUCAAAGCUUCCCUGCAUUUUAUAAAAAAGAAAUGUUUUUAAAAUCUAACAUUCAUUUUAAGUUCUGAUUAGUUUUACACCUACAUUCAAAAUUAUAAGUUUUUUUUUAUCCACGGUUUGGGAUAGUAUAAUUUUGAUAAUGUAACAUCACUCAUGUUUUGUAAAUAUCCAGUGUCACCCCAUCAUCCUGUGUAUAUUGUACCUUUAUAAUAACAAAUAAUCGAAAAACAGACUGUAAUUGUAAGUUUAAUUUCGCAAAUGUAAACAAUAAAUCGAUUUAAAUAUGUACUUUGUUUUUGUUAUGUUUAUUUGACAAAUAUUGUGAUUGAAAGAUCUUUGAGCGCCUGAGAGAUUCCUAAUAUAAUAAUGUAUGUUAUUAGAAUUAAAUCCUAUGUUAGAAUUAUUACAAAGUCCUUUUAUUCUAUUACCGAUUAGUUUUCUUAGUAUUCGGUCUCAAAUUAACCAAAAAUUGUUCUUAAUUUGGUACAGAAAAUAAUUUUGUUAUAGCGCAAGGUUAAACACAAAAUUAGAUUUGCGAGCAUCUUUGUGUUAAUUCUAAGAUAACGUAAUGAGCGAUGAAUUUUUAUGUUCUACCUACGCAAUACGUUUCAAAACGCCCUGGCAGAUGUGAAUUAGUAUUAAGUGUAGCUUUAUUCAACAUAUAACCUAUAUUUAUUUGUAUGUUUGUACGUCUUUCUUUUGUAUGAUGUUAAACAUGGCUAUGUAGGGUAGGCGUAUAAAUCAUACACUUAUUGCAGAAGGGUGCAGCAAGGGUUAAUAAUAAUGUUUAUUACUAUUUGGCGUUUUAUUCGUAGUAAAAUAGUAACCAUGGCAUGCUUUAUAUUUUUUUUUGCACAUAUUUAUUUUCUUCAUUAUGUCCAAUGUGGAAAUGGGCCUUAUUUCUAGAUAUCUAUGGUUCAAUCGCUAAAUAAUGUGAUUCGCAUUUUUUCUAACCUGAUUUUCUAGGAACAGCAAUGGAAAAUAGAACCUACUUCCCUUAUUAUUUUCUAAUCAGCCUCCGUAGUAUGGCACGCGCGACGCAGUUUUUAUCGCGCGAAAAACUCGCUGUUUCGCUUUUUAUAAUGACGUGAAAC